AUGUACAAAAAUGUUGUUUUGUUUCUUCCCUCUCCGACGCAGAAUACUGGGGGCGCGGGGUGUACGUACACCCGAGGAAACAGACUCCGGGAAAAUGCUGCCAAGCACCAAAGCGCCGCUCGCGCGACAGCCCUUCUCUCGCUGCUGCAGCAGCUGCAGCAGCAGCAGCAGCAGGGGACCCCAAUCAGCUGCAGCAGCCGGCCGCGGCACGCAGCUGCACCGGACCCGCAGCAGCAGCAGCAGCAGCCCUGGUCCCGCAGCAGCAGCGGGGCUCACAUUCCCUGCACGUAG